AUGAUAGACACACGGCCACAGCCGGCACCCGAUACCCAUCGCUCAUCACCUGGCGCCAAUCACCCGGCUCCUGUCAGCCCGCAACUCAUCAGUUUCGGCCCCGUGAUCGCGACUACGGCUUCGAGCGCAGUGUCAAAUGGCGUGGCGCUUGACAACAAAAUCGAGCAGGCCAUGGAUCUCGUGAAGAGUCACUUGUUGUACGCGGUUAGGGAGGAAGUGGAAAUACUACGAGAGAAGAUCGUCGAACUAGAGAAGAAAGUUGUUCGUCUUGAGGCAGAGAACAAAUUCUUGAGGGACCAUGUUUCCCCCGAAGUAAUUGCUCAGCUCUCCGGAGGAACUGUUUACCUGUUGACUGGUUCUGGCGUUUCGUCAUCGGCCGUUUCUCAGUUUCAGCCGGUUGCCGUCUGCACAGCAGUUACCACCGCUACAACCGACAUGUCGAAUGCGUCCACCGGCAGCGUCAGUCUUACGCCACCGUUUGCGACCUCUUCUCCGAUCCUCAAGCGACCAAGUGUGGAAAAGGGUGCUGUGAUUUGA